UCUUUUAGGGACCUGUGCUGUUUCUGGUAUUUUCGGAAAUAUAGGAGCCAUAUUUAUUUUCUACCGAAAAAAUCGAAAACAGCCGUUUUAUAGUUUGAUGAUGUUCUUAUCAUUCUUUGAUUUACUCUACCUUAUAGCAUCGUUACUACUAUUCUCAGUUCCCUUGAUUUGGAACGCUGCUCCAAGCCACCCAGCCUUCACUAAAUCUAUUCCGUUUAUUCUACCUACAGCCCACAUUGGUAUGACAGGGUCUAUCUAUUUAACCAUUUCACUAGCUGUGGAAAGGUAUAUCACCGUCUGUCACCCUUUCUUCAAACUCUCUCAUAACUGGCCAGCUUGGGUGUAUGUGCUGCCGAUUGUGGUGUUCAGUUCUGUUUUCAAUUUACCAAAGUUCUUUGAACUGGAGACUGUAGAAAGACCUUCCUACAAUUCUACAAACGAGACCCUGCAUGAGAACAAUAGUCUGCCACUGUACAUGGUCCAACCUACAGAUCUAAGGCUGAAUGAGUUAUAUAUUAGUGGAUAUAUUGUCUGGGCAAACUUUAUCAUAAACUGUGUUUUUCCAUUUCUUGUUCUCAUCUUUUUAAACCUGGCUGUUUACAACGAACUUAAAAAAAUACAGGUAGAGGAGGUUGGAACUAGCCGGGCUGGUCAAAUCCUGAGACAGAAGGAACGGAAGCUUGCACAAGUCAGCUUUAUCAUCGUGUUCGUUUUUAUUCUCUGCCACUCAGUGAGAUGGGUUCCUAAUAUCUGGGAGAUGUGUGAGAAGGAUGGUCUUGAGUGGCCUGUUUGGAUUGAAUAUACAACCUAUAUUUCUCAUCUUCUGACAACGUUCAAUGGAACUGUUAAUGUUCUCAUUUACUUUAUCAAACAUGGGAAUUUCACAUGCAGGUAAUGUUGACGGGUUUAUAACUCCAUGAUAACUGGCAGUAUAACUUCAUGAUAGCUGGAUUUAUAACUCCAUGAUAACUGGCUGCAAAACUCCAUGAUAACUGGCUGUAUAACUCCAUGAUAACUGGCUGUAUAACUCCAUGAUAACUGGCUGUUUAACUCCAUGAUAACUGGUUUAUAACUCCAUGAUAACUGGCUGUAUAACUCCAUGAUAACUGGCUUUAUAACUCCAUGAUAACUGGUUGUUUAACUCCAUGAUAACUGGCUGUAUACCUCCGUGUGAAAUGGGUUUAAAACUCCAUGAUAACUGGCUUUAUAACUCCAUGUUAACUAGCUGUAUAACUCCAUGUUUAAUGGGUUUAAAACUCCAUGAUAACUGGCUGCAUAACUCCAUGUUUAAUGGGUUUAAAACUCCAUGAUAACUGGCUUUAUAA